AUGGGCCCGCUGCGCCAUGUCGCCGCACCCCCAAAGCAGAGGACUGAAGACAAAGGCCGAUCCUCAGCCUCCGAGCAGUGGAGCCCCCCCCCACCCCCUGGACCUGCCCGAUGCGUGCUGCCUGAGCACGUGGUGCUGGAGCUCGGGGACAUCACCCCGCAGCCUUGGAGCCCAGCUGGAGCCUACGGCCUUCCUGGGCUCCUAAGUGGGCCACACGCCGCGCCCACGCUCGUCGGAGCAGCCGUGCCCUGCGCCGCCUGGGUCACUCCUCAGGGGGUGGUCUCGAAGCCCUCAGAAACGGAGGCUACCGAGGUCCUUUCACAGCUCGCACCCCAGGCCCCCAGCGUGUGGCCCCAGCAGCAGCUGCGGGAGUUGCUGGCCGUGCUGAAGGCCGAGCAGGCAGCGGUGUUUAAGUUCCCGCUGGCGCCGCUCGGGUGCUCGGGGCUGGGUUCAGCGUUACUGGCCGCAGGGCCUGGACUGCCCGGCGCCCCUGGCACACCGCACCUGCCGCUUGAGCUGCAGCUCCGUGGGAAGCUGGAGACGCCCGGCACCGGGGAGCCGGGCACCAAGGCCAAGAAGGGGCGUCGGAGCCGCACAGUGUUCACCGAGCUGCAGCUGAUGGGCCUAGAGAAACGCUUCGAGAAGCAGAAGUACCUCUCCACGCCCGACAGAAUAGACCUCGCGGAAUCCCUGGGCCUGAGUCAGUUGCAGGUGAAGACGUGGUACCAGAAUCGGAGGAUGAAGUGGAAGAAAAUAGUGCUGCAGGGCGGCGGCCUGGAGUCUCCCACCAAGCCCAAGGGGAGGCCCAAGAAGAACUCCAUUCCCACGAGUGAGCAACUCACGGAGCAGGAGCGCGCCAAGGAGGCGGAGAGGCCGGCGGAGGCGCCAGGCGAGAUCAUCGACAGGAGCCGCGAGGACUGA